UAUAAAUACAACCAAUCAAUCAUUUUUGCAAAAAAUUGAUAUAAAAUAAAAUGAAAAUUAUAGGGACAAACUAUUUGUAAGGUUGGUAUUAUAUAGUGCGCAGGUCCAUCCAGGUGUAAUAGGUUAGGUUUCGUGACAUUUUGGAUAAUCAGGUGAGACCAGGCACGAUGGCCGACAAAGCUGCAAAAGUUUCAAGACCCAUGAAAUUCCCGUACACUUUUUCCGCAAAAAUUGCCCAAUUUCCAUUUAAACACCACAUGAAGCACAGCUGGGUUUGGAGGUACUAUCCUCUUGCAGUUCUCCUGUGCAUCCCAAUUUUUGCAAAGAUCAGCAAAUUAUCAAAUUCACCUGAAAACGUUGCUAAAUGGGCUGAAAUCCGCCGCAAAGAAGCUGCAGGGCAUCAUUGAAGAUCUACGACCUAGGAGAGUAGUCGCAAUAGCAGCAUUUUCUAUGUUAAGUCCAACAUUACAAACUGUUCAUUUAGAAGUGGCAAAUAUAAAUUAAAACCUU